GGCAGAGCACCCCAAUCCCAAUAGCAAUGGCUAGAACACAUUUAUUCCUUUUUUGUCUUCUAACUUUCUUCACAUUGUCUUCUGCCACAAGACCACGACACUUCAACAUAUCCACCGUCGCCACCCACUGGUCCACCGCUUCCGCCACCUGGUACGGCAGUCCUGAUGGUGCCGGAAGUGAUGGAGGUUCAUGUGGGUAUGGAAAUGCAGUGUCACAAGCACCAUUUUCUUCCAUGGUGACUGGAAUUGGUCCAUCUCUUUACCAUGCAGGGAGAGAAUGUGGGGCCUGUUAUGAGGUAAAAUGUACCAAUGAUCCAUCUUGUUCAAGAAAACCGGUUAGGGUUGUCAUUACUGAUUUUUGCCCCGGAGGCGUUUGUGCCUCUGACCAUGCUCAUUUUGAUCUUAGUGGAACUGCAUUUGGUGCUAUGGCAAAACCGGGCCAAGAAAAACAUUUACGUGAUGCUGGAGUUUUGAAAAUUCGAUUUGCACGGGUUGAAUGUGAUUAUUCAAGAACAAAUAUAAUGUUCCAUGUAGACCAGGGAUCGAACCCUAAUUACUUUGCGACCGUGAUCGAAUUUGAAGAAGGGGACGGAGAUCUAGCAGGAGUGAGUUUGAAAGAAAAAAAUAGUAACAAAUGGUUGAAAAUGGUGCAAUCUUGGGGUGCAGUUUGGAAAAUCGACCCUGGGAGGGAGCUACACCCUCCAUUUUCGCUACGAUUGAUAUCACAGUAUUCCGAGAAGAUCUUGGUGGCAAAAGAUGUGAUUCCGAGCGGAUGGACGCCAGGUGCCACAUAUAGGUCUAUGGUCAACUAUCUCUAAAGAGGUUGUUUGAGGACAUAUCAGAUCUUUCAUUUAUCAUUUUGAAAUUUCACGCAAGAAUUAAGAAAGAGGUGGCAUAAGAAGAGUCACAUAUCUGAAUUCACAAUAAUUGUGAAAUACAGUUGACCGCUAGGUCACCCUUUUUAGAUUGAAGAAUCAUGUAGUAUGUAUGUACCAAAAUGGCAUCAAGUAUUACAAAAUACUGAGAUGGGCAUAUUUUAAUGUUUUUGUCAAGUUAAAUGUAUUGUCUUUUGUAUUUCCAUCAUAAAAAUCAAUAAUAACAGUGUGUCUUU